ACCUUCGCGGGAAGUGUAGUCCAAGAGGGCGGUAGUGCGGAGGGCCCACACGCACUCCCUUUGCAUUCUGGAACGGGUAGUCCAAAGCUCCGUGUAGGCUCGUCUACUGCAGCUACAGUAAGGCUGGACUGCGACUGUCUCCCCGCGGAAUUCUGGGAAGUGUAGUCCAGGAGCUCCGGGUAGUCGUAGGCCCUUCGGCCCCAGGAGGACGAGGUAGCAGCCAUCUUUCGCUUGAUGAUGGUGUUUCAGGUCCGCUUUUCACGAUCCAUUCAAACUUCCCCGAAAUGCGCUCGGGGCCAGCAUCUCCUGACCUUUCAUUUGGAGAGAAAGCGAAGCAGCGGCUAGAAGCAGAGGUCUGACGGCCAAGGGUGAUGAUGAUUCUGCACUUCCCUGGAAGGAGACAGAAGAUGAACAUGUUCAUGGAGGCAGUGACCUUCAAGGACGUGGCUGUGGCCUUCACAGAGGAGGAGCUGGGGUUACUGGACUCAGCCCAGAGAAAGCUGUACCAGGAUGUGAUGGUGGAGAACUUCCGGAACCUGGUCUCAGUAGAAGAAAACAAUCAAAGUGAGUUGAGGGCCGUUGAAGAGAGAGGAUUACAUGAAGAGCUUUCCUGCUGGCAAAUCUGGCAACAGAUUGCGAAUGACUUAACCAGAUGUCAAGACUCUGUGAUAAAUAGUUGUCAGUUCCACAAACAAGGUCAUUCCCUGCACCAGGUUGGGGCAGGACUAUCUAUUCAGAUUUCUGAAGAUGAGAACUAUAUAUUAAAUGAGAAAGCAGGUGAUCCUGGUGAUACUGGAAAUCCAAGGUUUGCAUCUUUGAGAACCCUCGAUUCUUGGAGAAAAAGUUCCUUGACUGAGUCACAGAACUAUCAGAAUAGAUACCAGGAAAGUUCCACGCAAAGUAAACUGUGUCGGUGUGAAGAGGAUGUUGACGGUGUUGGUCGGAUUUCAUGCCACCUUGGUGAUCGAGGAGUACACAAGAAUGAAAAGUCUUACUGCCACAGUGAUGAUAGAAAAGACAGCACGAAGGUUUCCACAUUGGAUCAGAAUAGUAUGAUUCACACAGGACAAAAGCCGCACCAAUGUGAUGAAUGUAAAAGAACCUUUACCAGCCUUUCUACCUUUGAUCUUCACCAGCAGUUACACUCAAAAGAGACAUCUCACGUGUGCAAUGAGUGUGGAAAAGGCUUCCGUUAUAGCUCAGUUCUUCAUAUUCAUCAGAGAGUGCACAUAGGAGAAAAAUGCAGUGUGUGUGAUGAGUGUGGAAAGGAAUUCCGUCAGAGCUCACAACUGCAAACUCAUCAGAAAGUCCACAGCAUAAAGAAACCGUUCACAUGUGAGGAAUGUGGGAAAGGCUUCAGUCGUCAGUCAGCACUUACUGUUCAUUGUAAAGUCCACACGGGAGAGAAACCUUACAGUUGUGAGGAGUGUGGCAGAGCCUUCAGUCAGGCCUCCCACCUUCAGGACCAUCAGAGAGUCCACACUGGGGAGAAACCAUUCAUAUGUGAUGCAUGUGGUAAGAGCUUCAGUCGGAAUUCACACCUUCAGUCCCACCAGAGAGUCCAUACAGGAGAGAAACCGUACAAAUGUGAGGAGUGUGGGAAGGGCUUCAUUUGUAGCUCAAAUCUGUACAUUCACCAGAGAGUCCACACAGGAGAAAAACCCUACAAAUGUGAGGAAUGUGGGAAAGGCUUUAGUCGGCCUUCAAGUCUUCAGGCCCAUCAGGGAAUCCACACUGGAGAGAAGUCAUAUGUAUGUAAUGUGUGUGGUAAAGGCUUUACUCUGAGUUCAAACCUUCAGGCACAUCAGAGAGUCCACACAGGGGAGAAACCAUACAAAUGUGAGGAGUGCGGGAAGAACUUCAGGAGGAACUCCCAUUAUCAAGUUCAUCUGGUCGUCCACACAGGAGAAAAACCCUAUAAAUGUGAAGUGUGUGGGAAGGGCUUCAGUCAGAGUUCGUAUCUUCAAAUCCAUCAGAAGGCCCAUAGCGUAGAGAAACCCUACAAAUGUGAAGAGUGUGGGCAGGGCUUCAAUCAGAGUUCACGACUUCAGAUCCACCAGCUGAUCCAUACUGGUGAGAAACCAUAUAAAUGCGAAGAGUGUGGGAAGGGAUUCAGUCGUAGAGCAGAUCUUAAAAUUCACUGCAGAAUCCACACUGGAGAGAAACCAUACAAUUGUGAGGAGUGUGGAAAAGUCUUCAGGCAGGCCUCAAAUCUCCUGGCCCAUCAGAGAGUCCACAGUGGAGAAAAGCCAUUCAAAUGUGAAGAAUGUGGCAAGAGCUUUGGUCGGAGUUCACACCUUCAAGCCCACCAAAAAGUCCACACUGGAGAGAAGCCAUACAAAUGUGGGGAGUGUGGGAAGGGCUUCAAGUGGAGCCUGAACCUCGACAUGCAUCAGAGGGUCCACACAGGAGAGAAACCAUAUAAGUGUGGGGAGUGUGGGAAGCGCUUCAGUCAGGCCUCAAGUCUUCAGCUUCAUCAGAGUGUCCACACUGGAGAGAAGCCCUACAGAUGUGACGUGUGUGGUAAAGUCUUCAGUCGGUCUUCACAGCUUCAGUCUCAUCAGAGAGUCCACACAGGGGAGAAACCUUACAAGUGUGAGAUGUGUGGUAAGAGCUUCAGUUGGCGCUCCAAUCUAACAAUUCAUCAAAGAAUCCAUGCUGCUGAUAAAUCCUAUAAAAGUCAUAGGGGUGGUAAGACCAUCAGAGAUUCAACUUAGGAGAAAAGUUCUAUAAAGUGAUUUUUUUAAAACUCAA